CCACCCUCAGAAGCGCACCUUAUGCAAAUGUGCCGAGGAGGGUACAGCAGGCUUUGUUUACACAGCAAUCCGACCACAGCCUGUUAGCCUUCUCUACAGUGUGCUGCUCCAGCAAAUGUGAAGAGGAAGAGUUUGUAGGCAGGAAAAGUCAGUGGUUUUUCUGCAGAAACCUCAAGAGAUUACAAUCUAUUUUAUUGGAACCUCCACAAGUAUGGUGAAAUCAUUCACAUAAGGAGGUAACACAAAGAACAUAUUGUUCACAGUUUGGUUAUUAUUAUUAUUUUUUUUUUAAGUUUUCAUUGGACAAGGAAGAGGAUUCCAACUUUUUGCCACACGAUUCAACACGUGAGGAUUUAGAGGAUAUUAUAAACCGAGACGUUCUGGAUAUCCAAAAGGUUGAUCUUCUGUAAAGCCGUUGAAAGGAUUUGAUGCAGUCUUAAAGUGGGAAGAUUUUCGUUUUCCUGUGAUAUGCUCGAGACUUGAGAAUCCACAUUUAUACUUGAUCUAAGAGGAAUAUUUUAAAAGGAAAUCCGUUAAAAAAAAGGCCAUGGAAUGGGAGCACAGAGACAGGGAGCCCUGUUUGUCUCCAGCAGCAUUUGUUAAUCAGGUGCAAUACUCCAAUAUCCUGGAAGGAAGGUUCAAACAGCUGCAAGAUGAGCGUGAAGCUGUACAGAAGAAAACCUUUACCAAAUGGGUGAACUCUCACUUAGGCCGAGUCACUUGUCGCAUCGGUGACCUAUACACGGACCUGCGUGACGGCCGCAUGCUUAUCCGCCUACUGGAAGUGCUCUCAGGAGAACAGCUGCCAAAACCCACUAAAGGCCGCAUGCGCAUCCACUGCUUGGAAAACGUCGAUAAAGCUCUGCAAUUCCUCAAAGAACAAAAGGUCCAUCUAGAAAACAUGGGAUCGCAUGAUAUUGUGGACGGGAACCACCGUCUCACCCUGGGGCUCAUCUGGACCAUAAUUCUUCGCUUCCAGAUUCAGGACAUCAGCGUGGAGACGGAAGACAACAAAGAGAAGAAAUCUGCGAAAGAUGCCCUUCUCUUGUGGUGCCAAAUGAAAACUGCCGGCUACCCCAAUGUCAACAUUCACAACUUCACAACCAGCUGGAGGGAUGGCCUAGCGUUCAAUGCCAUCGUGCACAAACACAGACCCGACCUGAUUGAGUUUGAUACUCUGAAAAGGUCCAACGCUCACUACAAUCUCCAGAAUGCUUUCAAUGUAGCCGAGAAGGAGAUGGGCCUUACUAAGUUGCUGGACCCAGAAGAUGUGAAUGUUGAUCACCCGGAUGAGAAGUCCAUCAUUACUUACGUGGCUACCUACUACCAUUACUUCUCAAAGAUGAAAGCGCUAGCAGUGGAGGGCAAACGUAUUGGCAAGGUUCUUGACUAUGCCAUUGAGGCUGAUCAGCUGAUAGACAAAUAUGAGACAUUGGCCUCAGAGCUGCUGGAGUGGAUCGAGCAGACAAUAGUGACUCUGAAUGAUCGGCAGUUAGCGAACUCGCUCAGCGCCGUGCAGAAUCAGCUCCAGGCUUUUAAUUCUUACCGCACUGUAGAGAAACCACCCAAAUUUACAGAGAAGGGAAACUUGGAAGUCCUCCUUUUUACUAUACAGAGUAAGAUGAGAGCAAACAACCAGAAAGUUUACACACCAAGAGAAGGAAAAUUAAUCUCGGAUAUCAAUAAGGCAUGGGAGCGACUUGAAAAGGCAGAGCAUGAACGUGAGCUGGCACUGAGAAAUGAACUGAUUCGCCAAGAAAAGCUGGAAAUGCUUGCGGCGCGUUUUGACCGUAAAGCUGCCAUGCGGGAAACAUGGCUAAGUGAGAAUCAGCGCUUGGUGUCUCAGGACAAUUUUGGAACCGACUUGGGAGCAGUGGAAGCUGCCACUCGUAAGCACGAGGCGAUUGAGACCGACAUCGGUGCGUAUUGGGAGCGUGUGGCUGCUGUCGAGGCUGUUGCCAAAGAGCUGGAGGCGGAGAGAUACCACGAUGUGAGACGUGUGCUCGCAAGAAGGGACAAUGUGCUUCGCCUAUGGGAAUACCUCAAGGAGCUUCUAACGGCAAGAAGAGAGAGGCUAAAUGCCCAUCGAGACCUGCAGAGGCUGUUUGAAGAGAUGCGUUACAUCUUGGACUGGAUGGCUGACAUGAAGAGUCGUUUGCAGUCUCAAGACAGUGGCAAACAUUUGCACGAUGUUUUGGACCUUCUUCAGAAACAUACUCUAGUAGAGGCUGAUAUUUCAGCUCAGGCAGAGAGAAUCAAAGCAGUGCAGGGAGCUGCAAAACGUUUCACUUCUCAUGACCAAGCCUACAAACCAUGUGAGCCAGGGCUAGUGAGUGAAAAGGUCAAUCUGCUGGGCCAAGCCUACGAGGAGCUCGGCCAUCUGGCUGGACAGCGCAGAGAACGCCUUGAGGACUCCCGCCGCCUUUGGCAAUUCUUGUGGGAUUUGGGAGAGGAGGCGGCCUGGAUCAGAGAGCAAGAGCAGAUCCUGACCAGCGGCGAGUGCGGCCGUGACCUUACGUCUGCCCUUCACCUGCUCAGUAAACACGAGGCUUUCAGGGAUGAGAUGGCAGCCCGCUAUGGCCCGCUCAGUAACAGCAUUGCUGCAGGGGAGGCUCUGGUGAACGAGGGACACUUUGGAGCCCCGGAGGUCACAGAGAGCAUUAAAGAUAUUCGUGCCCAGUGGGCGCAUUUGGAGGAGACAACAAAAUUGAGAGAACAGAAGCUUAAAGACUCGGUGGGCCUGCAUCAGUUCCUGACAGAUGCUAAUGACAUGGAUGCUUGGCUAAUGGAAACGCUAAGGCAGGUGUCUAGUCAGGACGUGGGUCAUGAUGAGUUCUCCACCCAAACAUUAGCUCGCAAGCAGAGGGAAAUAGAGGAGGAGAUCAAGAGCCACAAACCGCUCAUUGAAUCCCUGCAUGAACAAAACCAAGCACUUCCACAAACCUAUGCUAAUUACCCUGAGGUGAAGGGCCGGCUACCUGCUAUUGAGCAGCGCUACAAAGAGCUACAAUCCCUCUCGGUGUCUCGGCGCCAGGCCCUGGAAGGUGCUUUAGCGCUUUAUCGCAUGUUUAGUGAGGCGGGUGCCUGCCAACUCUGGGUGGAAGAAAAAGAGAAGUGGUUACACGGCAUGGAGAUCCCAACCAAACUUGAAGACUUGGAAGUGGUGCAGCAGAGGUUUGAGACACUAGAACCCGAAAUGAACAAUAUAGGGACCAGUGUCACCGAAGUGAACCAUGUGGCUGAGAGGCUGUUAAAUUCUGACAACUGUAACAAAGACCAAAUCCAUCAGACUCGUGACCAUCUGAACAACAGGUGGAAAGAAUUCCAGAAGCUGGCUGGUCAAAAGAAACAAGGCUUGGAGUCGGCCCUUAAUAUCCAAAACUACCACCUGGAAUGUAAUGAAAUCCAAACGUGGAUGAAAGAAAAGACCAAAGUGAUUGAAUCGACUCAGAGUUUGGGAAAUGAUCUAACAGGAGUAAUGGCACUCCAGCGCAAACUCACGGGCAUGGAGAGAGAUCUAGAGGCGAUUCAGGGGAAAUUAAAUGACCUAAGAAAGGAAGCAAAAAAACUGGCCAAGGAACAUCCAGAUCAAGCAGGGGAGAUUCAAGAUCGCUUGGCAGGGAUACAGGAAGUAUGGGAGGAGUUGAACUCUACCAUGAAACGACGUGAAGAGUCACUGGGUGAGGCCAGCAAGCUUCAGGGCUUCCUCAGGGAUCUUGAUGACUUCCAGUCGUGGCUCUCCCGCACCCAGACAGCUGUGGCCUCAGAGGACAUUCCCACCUCUUUGCCUGAGGCCGAGAGCUUGUUGGCCCAGCACGAGAAUAUCAAAAAUGAGGUGGAUAAUUACAAGGACGACUAUGAGAAGAUGCGAGUGGUCGGCGAGGAGGUGACCCAAGGACAAACGGAUGCUCAGCACAUGUUUUUGGCUCAAAGACUCCAGGCCUUGGAUACUGGUUGGCAUGAGCUACGUCAAAUGUGGGAAAGCCGCCAAAGUCUGUUGGCCCAAGCAUUCGACUUCCAGACUUUCUUACGAGAUGCAAAGCAGGCAGAGGCCUUCCUCAAUAGUCAGGAGUACGUAUUAUCCCACACAGAAAUGCCGACAAGUCUUCAGGGAGCAGACGAGGCCAUUAAAAAAUAUGAAGAUUUCCUCACCACCACAGAGGCCAGCGAGGAGAAAAUAACUGGUGUUGUGGAGGCGGGACAGCGCCUCAUUAACGAUGGCAAUGAAAACUCUGACAAGAUCCAAGAGAAAGUGGAUUCUAUUCAGCAAAGGCAUUUAAAAAACAAGAACGCUGCUAAUGAGUUGCUGGCAAAACUUAAAGAUAACCGUGAACUGCAACACUUCCUCCAAGAUGGACAGGAGCUUACGUUGUGGAUCAAUGAGAAGAUGCUGACAGCCCAGGACAUGUCAUAUGAUGAGGCUCGAAAUCUUCACAGCAAGUGGCAAAAACACCAGGCCUUCAUGGCAGAGUUGGCCUCUAACAAAGACUGGCUGGACAAAAUCGAUAAGGAGGGCCAAGUUCUUGUUGCAGAAAAGCCAGAGCUGAAACCUGUUGUUCAGCAAACUAUGGAGGAACUCCAGCGUCAGUGGGAGGAGUUAGAGGGCACUACCCGCACAAAAGCCCAGUGCUUGUUUGAUGCCAAUCGAGCAGAGCUGUUCACACAGAGCUGCUGUGCUCUGGAUGGAUGGGUGAAGAACCUAGAGGGUCAGCUGCAUAGUGAUGAUUAUGGCAAGGAUUUGACCAGUGUGAACAUCCUACUCAAAAAGCAUCAGAUGCUGGAGCACCAAAUGGAGGUCAGGGAGAAGGAGGUGCAGUCACUUCAGUCGCAAGCCUUGGCUUUGUCUCAGGAAGAUGCUGGACUUUCUGAGGUGGACGGUCAACAAAAGCGCGUCACAGACAGCUUUUCUAGCCUUCGGGAGCCUCUUAGACUAAGAAGGCAGCGGCUACUUGCCUCCAAAGAGGGACAUCAGUUCAACAGAGACCUGGAAGAUGAAAUAUUGUGGGUGAAAGAACGAAUGCCCUUGGCAACCUCCACAGACCAUGGGAAAGAUCUUCCUACAGUCCAACUACUCAUCAAAAAGAACCAGACUUUGCAAAAGGAGAUCCAGGGACAUCAACCACGUAUUGAUGAGAUCCACAAACGAGGAAAGACUCAAAGCCAGGUAGACGGGGAACGACAGUCUGUUCUCGAGGGGCGACUUGUUGAGCUGAAAGACCUUUGGGACCAACUGAUCGGCGAGACAGACAAACGUCACGCACGUCUGGUCGAGGCCAAUCGAGCCCAGCAGUUUUAUGCUGACGCGGCGGAGGCAGAGGCAUGGAUGGGUGAGCAGGAGUUGCACAUGAUGUCAGAAGAAAAGGCUAAGGAUGAACAGAGUGCACUUGUGAUGGUUAAAAAGCACCAGAGUCUGGAGCAGGCACUUGAAGACUACGCUCAAACCAUUCACCAGUUGGCCAACAGCAGCCGAUUAAUGGUCACCAGCGAACAUCCAGAGAGCGACAGAAUCACAUUACGACAAGCACAAGUAGACAAGUUGUACGCUGGGCUGAAAGACCUCGCAGAGGAGCGUCGUGGGAGGCUUCAGGAGAGACUUCGUCUGACCCAGUUAAAGCGGGAGGUGGAUGAUUUAGAGCAGUGGAUUGCAGAAAGGGAGGUGGUUGCUGGCUCUCAUGAAUUAGGGCAGGACUAUGAGCAUGUCACCAUGUUGAGGGACAAGUUCCGUGAGUUUGCUCGUGACACUAGCACAAUUGGCCAAGAGCGUGUAGAUGGUGUAAACGGACUGGCGGACGAUCUCAUCGAAUCGGGUCACCCGGAGAACGCUAGUGUUGCAGAGUGGAAGGACGGAUUAAACGAGGCCUGGGCUGACCUCCUGGAACUGAUUGACACGCGCACACAGAUGUUAGCUGCUUCCUAUGAGCUGCACCGCUUCCAUCAGGACGCCAUGGAGGUUCUUGGUCGCGUCAAGGAGAAGCGGGAGGCGCUACCGUCCGACCUCGGCCGGGAUCUGAACACUGUGCAGCACUUACACAGACAGCACAAUACCUUUGAAAAUGACAUUCAGGCCCUUAGUGGACAGGUGAACCAGGUGCAAGAUGAUGCUGCACGGCUGCAAAAAGCUUACGCUGGCGAGAAAGCUGACGAUAUUAAUCGAAGUGAACAUGCUGUGAGCUCUGCCUGGGAGGGUCUUCUUGAGGCUGGCGAGUCCCGCAGGGUGCUCCUCCUGGAUACUGUGGAAAAGUUCCGCUUCUUUAAUAUGGUGCGAGACCUCAUGCUCUGGAUGGAUGGGGUCAAUUUGCAGAUCGAUGCACAUGACAGCCCCAGGGAUGUCUCUUCUGCAGGACUAGUCAUUGCCAAUCAUCAAGAUAUCAAGUCGGAGAUUGAGACCCGAGCAGACAGCUUUACGGCCUGUAUUGACAUGGGGAACACACUCAUUAAUAAUAAUCAUUAUGCCACUGAUGAGAUCCGGGAAAAGCUUUCGCAGUUACAAGAAAAGAGAGAAAAGAUCAACAAAAAGUGGCAGGACAAAAUGGACUAUUUACAAAUUAUGCUGGAAGUUUUGCAGUUUGGACGCGAUGCCUACAUCGCAGAGUCUUGGUUGGCUGGGCAAGAACCUCUUGUGCGGACAGCAGACCUAGGCUCCAAUGUGGACGAGGUGGAAAGUCUGAUAAAGCGCCACGAGGCCGCUGAAAAACUUGCUGCUUCUUGGGAAGAACGCUUUGUCCAGCUGGAAAAACUUACUACACUGGAAGAGCAGGAAAUUCAGAGGAGGCGAGAGGAAGAGGAGCGAGCACGACGACCUCCCACGCCAGUCCGUGUAGAGGAAGUGGCGCAGUCGGAAGCAGAAAGUCAAGUGCACGACUCUGCGGCCAGAACCAGUCUAGACCAGACAACGCUGAAUCAGUCGGUGUCAGUGAACGGAGUACACAGUGAUAACGACACAUCACAGCAGUCGCUAUCGCUAUCAUUGUCAGUGGGAUCGAAAUCAGAGGCUAAGCGCGUGUGUAAAGCAAAGCAGCCAGAGCGUGGCUCAGAAUCUGAAAACGGACCAGGUCGGGACAGCGGCUUGGCUUCCUCACGACUCGAGCCGCCGUCGGCCACGUUACCGGGGCGAGGCGGAGCAGAGUCUGACCCAGACACCAUGGAGGGUGUACUUUGUCGAAAACAAGAGAUGGAGUCGCACAGCAAGAAGGCAGCUACCAGGUCAUGGCAGAACGUAUACUGUGUCCUAAGAAAAGGAAGUCUUGGUUUCUAUAAAGACGGCAAAAGUGCUACUAAUGGCAUUCCUUACCACGGAGAGGUCCCUAUAAGCCUUGGAGAGGCUGUUUGUGAGAUUGCACAUGACUAUAAGAAGAGGAAACAUGUAUUCAAACUCCGGCUAGGAGAUGGAAAAGAGUACCUGUUCCAAGCAAAGGAUGAGGCGGAAAUGAGUGCCUGGAUCCACUCCAUCCUCAGUUCCAUUCCAUCAGGAUCAGGAGAGUCGCCCGUAGGUCCGCGGCCGAUCAACCGCGCCAUGACCAUGCCCCCGAUCUCCCCUGGCUCAGUCGAUACCGGCGGUGUGACCAUGCGCAGCAAAGACGGGAAAGAUAAAGAUCGGGAGAAGAGGUUCAGCUUCUUUGGCAAGAAAAAAUAAGACUUUUGUCAAAAUCCUGGAUGGAACCGACAUGUGUUCGACUGACCCAGAAACUGAACCAAGCUGGCGGAGAAGUCCAAACGGCACACACUGGUCUCGGUGCAACUCAGAGGUGCACUGCAUUUCGACAGCUACAGAAAAUGUACCCCCCUUCCACACCCUCUGGUUUUAUCUGUCACUUUCGUCUUGAUUCACCAGUAUUCUCCAAAUAAGUGCAUCAACCACGGGAACCUUCAUUCACACAAUCAAUAAGACAACAACACUGUUUGAGAAGAUCAAAAGGGGGAAUAGUUCAUCUCUUGUCUACUCAUUGGGUUCUCCUGAUGGAUAAUAGCUCUUUUUUUCUUUUUGAAACAAUCAUUUCCACUAUCCUGCUUUUGAGCUUGAUAUUAUUAACCUGACCAAUAUUAAUGCUGUUCUGGUUAUUUAUCUUUUGUUAAUGCUGGUUUGAAAACUAAUGAUUUGAUUAUCAAUGUUGUGGAAAGAAAGUAAAACUAGAGAAUGUUGGGUUUAUUCUGUAUGUAUUAUUAUGAUAUGAAUUUUAGGAAUGAUGGUACCUGAGUUUUUUUUUUUUUUUUUUUUAAUAAAGCUCAUUUAAUUUUAGCAGUUUGCAGUAAGUGAACACAAAUUAAAUUGGGAAAUUUACAUAUUUAAUAAGUGGUUGAAAUCUUUUUGUAUUGCUCAUUUUGCCUGACUUGAUUAUCAUUGGAGUGAUAUUUUCUGCUUGAUUUGUUAAUUUUUUUUUUUUUUUUUCUGUAAAAAGCAGAGAAGUUAGUUUUUCUAGUGCGUGAGUUGUGGUGAUGUGGAUUUUGCACGUCAAUAUUACUCUUCAAAUAACGGCCUGAUGGAUGCUACAUUUUGGUACUCUGUCCGGAUAAAAAUGGGACACCAAUACAAAACUACUGGAAUUAUUUUCUAGCGACAAGCUGACACGACCAAGGACUUUAUAUUAUUUUUCGUUUGUAAUUAUUCUGUUUCAAUCAUCACUCUGGCAUUUGGAGGCUUCAUGGAUGACAGUUCAUGACAGGUGACAUGAAGGAAGUGUGCUGCCAGAGUACCGCCUUACUUGUAAAGAUCCCCCUGAUCCCCAUUCAUAAACCUAUCCAAAAUGAGCUUUCACAGUCCGGAGAUGAGAAUGUUCUAAUGUAAUCUAACGUAAUGUUAAUAUGCCCAACGGUGCGCUCAAACAUCAAGGUCCUACCAAAUAGGGACGUGUUUUGAAUCCUCAAAAAUAUUUGUGCUUUGUGGCAUGAUUAUACUGUAGGUUUAUCUUUGUGUAUCACCAACUCCCAUCUUUGUGGAUUCAUGCUGAGCACAUGUUAUUGCUUCAUUAUCAGGGUGGGAGAACAAUGUUCUAUGUAAUUGGCAUCUUGGUAACACUUUUUUUGACGGGCGUCAUAGGACUGUCAUAAGAUCGUCAUAAUUAUGACAUGACACUGUAAUUAGCAUUAAUAAAUGCUUAUGACAAAAGUGUCAUCCGGCAAAA